CGACGCUGAGCUCCUCUGCUACUCAGAGCUGCAACCUCAGCCUCGCUAUGGCUCCCAGCGGCCCCUGGCCCGCACUGCCCGCACUCCUGGUCCUGCUCAGGGCUCUGUUCCCAGGACUUGGCAAUGCUGAGACAUCUGUGUCCCCCACAAAAGUCAUCCUGCCCCGGGGAGGCUCCGUGGUAGUGAAAUGCAGCACCUCCUGUGACCAGCACACCUUGUUGGGCAUAGAGACUCCGUUGCCUAAAAAGGAGUUGCUCCCGGGUGGGAACAACUGGAAGAUGUAUGAACUGAGCAAUGUGCAAGAAGAUAGCCAACCAAUGUGCUAUUCAAACUGCGGUGAUCGGCAAUCAACAGCUAAAACCUUCCUCACCGUGUACUGGACUCCAGAACUGGUGGAACUGGCACCCCUCCCCUCUUGGCAGCCAGUGGGCAAGAACCUUACCCUACGCUGCCAGGUGGAGGGUGGGGCACCCCGGGCCAACCUCACUGUGGUGCUGCUCCGUGGGGAGGAGGAGUUGAGCCGGCAGCCAGCGGUGGGGGAGCCCACCGAGGUCACAGCCACGGUGCUGGUGAGCAGAGAUGACCACGGAGCCAAUUUCUCGUGCCGCACUGAACUGGACCUGCGGCCCCAAGCUGAGCUGUUUAAGAACACCUCAGCCCCCCACCAGCUCCAAACCUUUGUCCUGCCAGCGACUCCCCCACAACUUGUCAGCCCCCAGGUCCUAGAGGUGGACACACAGGGGACCGUGGUCUGUUCCCUGGACGGGCUAUUCCCAGUCUCGGAGGCCCAGGUCUACCUGGCACUGGGGGACCAGAGGUUGGACCCCACAGUCACCUAUGGCGUCGACUCCCUCUCGGCCAAGGCCUCAGUCAGUGUGACCGCAGAGGAGGAGGGCACCCAGCAGCUGUUGUGUGCAGUCAUACUGGGGAACCAGAGCCAGGAGACACGGCAGACAGUGACCAUCUACAGCUUUCCGGCACCCAACGUGACUCUGACGGAGCCAGAGGUCUCAGAAGGGACUGAGGUGAUAGUGAAGUGUGAGGCCCACCCUAGAGCCAAGGUGACGCUGAAUGGGGUUCCAGCCCAGCCACCGGGCCCGACGGCCCAGUUCCUGCUGAAGGCCACCCCAGAGGACAACGGGCGCAGCUUCUCCUGCUCUGCAACCCUGGAGGUGGCCGGCCAGCUUGUACACAAGAACCAGAACCAGGAGCUUCGUGUCCUGUAUGGCCCCCGACUGGACGAGAGAGAUUGUCCGGGAAACUGGACAUGGCCAGAAAAUUCCCAGCAGACUCCAGUGUGCCAGGCUUGGGGGAACCCCUUGCCCGAGCUCAAGUGUCUAAAGGAUGGCACUUUCCCACUGCCCAUCGGGGAAUCAGUGACUGUCACUCGGGAUCUUGAGGGCACCUACCUCUGUCGGGCUAGGAGCACUCGAGGGGAGGUCACCCGCGAGGUGACCGUGAAUGUGCUCUCCCCCCGGUAUGGGAUUGUCAUCAUCACUGUGGUAGCAGCCGCAGCCAUACUGGGCACUGCAGGCCUCACGACGUACUUCUAUAACCGCCAGCGGAAGAUCAGGAAAUACAGACUACAACAGGCUCAAAAAGGGACCCCCAUGAAACCGAACACACAAGCCACGCCUCCCUGAACCUAUCCCGGGACAGGGCCUUUUCCUCGGCCUUCCCGUAUUGGUGGCAGUGGUGCCACACGGAACACAGUGGAAGACAUAUGCCAUGCAGCUACACCCACCGGCCCUGGGAUGCCGGAGGACAGGGCAUUGUCCUCAGUCAGAUAUAGACAGCAUUUGGGGCCAUGGUACCUGCACACCUAAAACACUAGGCCACGCAUCUGAUCUGUAGUCACAUGACUAAGCCAAGAGGAAGGAGCAAGACUCAAGACAUGACUGAUGGAUGUUAAAAUCUAGCCUGACGAAAGGGGAAGUGGUGGGGGAGACAUAGCCCCACCAUGAGGACAUACAGCUGGGAAAUACUGAAACUCGCUGCCUAUUGGGUAUGCUGAGGCCCCACAGACUUACAGAAGAAGUGGCCCUCCGCAGACAUGUGUAGCAUCAAAACACAAAGGCCCACACUCCCUGAUGGAUGCCAGCUUGGGCACUGCUGUCUACUGACCCCAACCCUUGAUGAUACGUAUUUAUUCAUUUGUUAUUUUACCAGCUAUUUAUUGAGUGUCUUUUAUGUAGGCUAAAUGAACAUAGGUCUCUGGCCUCACGGA